UUUUUGUCCACCGGAGGUGCUACAAUUGCUGCUCGGCCUACAACAGCAAGGGAUAACCCAGCAAGAUUUGGCUCAAGUGCAUCUGGCCGCACCUAUACUUGGCAUGAUUACAACUCCUUUGCCACACGCCUGUUCUGGUGCCCUAUCUUCCCAAUAUCCACUAUGAUAUACCUCACCAUUGCAGCUGUAAUAUACACCGCCGCUGUUAGGGAGAGCGAGAGUGGGAAUACUAUCACAAUCACAUGCACAACGGUUGGGGGUUCGUUGACUUUGCUUGUGACCUUGUGGACCGGCAGUAUAGCGUUUCGACUCAGAAAACAUCCCGCGGUGAUCACCAAGGGCCUGUUUUAUGUGGCCCAAAUUCAUUUAGGGGUGUUAUUAGGCAUUCCUGUCUCAAUUGAGUUCAUAUUGCGCCACGCACAUAUCUACACACCGAGUGCGGCCGGAGUGUUUGUACUGGACACGUAUUAUAGUAUCUGCUCCUUCGUCUUGUUCUCGGCAGUUAUUGCCCGCCAGCGGCAGAUAGUGCAGUUAUUCUGCCACUCGACGUAUAGUGACUCGCCGAAGAACACAUACCGGAACACGAUUAUUUACAUCGGGAUCAUGUACAUUGUGGCAAACAUUGUGCGUAUAAUAUUAAUAUUCGCCUUCGACAUCAUAAAAUUCAGCUACAUGCCAAUAUUAGUGGUCGACGGCCUCUCUAUGCUAUUGUGGAUUGUUUUUGCGUAUCAGUCUCGACAUGCCAGCGCCCGGUACUCUGACUUCGACCAACUCAGACGGUUGUUCGCCAUGGUGGGCAUAGGGAGAUUGUCAACACAGAUCUGGGGAUAUGUGCAACCAGAAGCAUUUUCAGUGCAGAAUGUGGUAAUCCUGGAACUGAUGGUCGUCUUCUUGCUGGAUUCGUACUUCUCGCUCUUCUACUUCAUCCGAUGUAAGUGGCAGUUCGUUGAACAAUAG